UCAGGGCCGACGGGAUGGAUAUAGGGACGAUAGAUACGAGAGAUCGGACCGAGAUGGAUAUAGGGACGACAGAUACGAGAGAUCGGACCGAGACGGAUAUAGGGAUGACAGAUAUGAGAGGUUGGGUCGAGAUGGCUACAGAGGUGGUAGGUAUGAAAGAUGAGAUCGGGACUGGGAACGACGAGAUGGGUUGCGCGGACGGUUUGAGCGCGGGGGAGAUGCGAGAGAGCAGCGCGACGAGUCGCGCGGGUGGUACAACCGAGGGAACCGACGCGAUGAGUCACGAGGGCGAUAUGACUCGGGGGACCGCCGGAAUGAUUCGCGAGGGCGGUAUGAGCAAGGAGGGUCUGGAGGAGACCGCCGCAACGAUUCGCGCGGUCGGAAUGAGAGAGGGGGAUAUCACGUCUCAUCAGAACCAUAUCCCAAGUGACCUGACCCCAAGGCAGCCAGGAGUUCGAUCUCUAGAAGCGCAGACGACAGACCAUGACGGGCAGCGGGUCGAUGGAGAGGAGGUUAUCCUUUCGCCGCGAAAGAGGGGAGUGAAGAAGUUCUUAAUGAAGAGUUCGCUGGACGAGAUUGACACGGUCGAGCCACUGAGGCGGGCCCUUCAGCAACCCAUGCAGUGCUCUAUUCUGGAGUACCUGGCGGCAUCGAAGCCGGCUCGUGAUGAGUUACAGAUGAUCACGCGGAAGACUCGCAUACCUCUAUCGGAGGAGGGUCAGGGGCCCCCUAAGGUGGAAGCUUCUACAGUAGCAGUAACGGGGGUGACUGCCAGAGCGGAUCGCAUGGCGACAGUCCUUCUCGAUGGAAUGGAAGGUGUGCCUCCUGACAAGUUUUAUAUACUUGGUAGCGGGGCCGUGGAGACAAUUAUAAACGAUGGAGCGRUAUUUGAUGCUGUGAUCGAUAACGACAGUGAGGCUGUCAUCAUAGACGAGGACCUGGCAGUACAGGUUGGACUGGGCCUCGAUAGGUCAUACCUAUUCGAGAUAGAGACGGCUGAUGGGAGAAAGCAACAGAUCACUGGGGUUUGUCACAAGGCAGCCAUAGAGGUCCAAGGGGUACGAGUGACCCUGCCUGUCUUUGCAGUUAAGAACUGCCGCUCCGACCUGCUCUUGGGUCGAACGUGGCUGAGCCACGUGCAUGCGGUGACGAUAGAGCGACUUGAUGGGAGCCAAACAUUGUCCAUUAGGAAGCCAGACGGGACGCGGGUAAUGAUUGAGACAGUGGAGCCUCGGGACCCGAGGAACAGAGCAACUCUCGCUGUGGGUGCGAGAACCAGUGAUCAGAUUAAGUCUUUACCCAUCUCCGGCCGCGCGGUGCGAUUUCGCGAGAAGAAAUAUGGAACUUCGCUCACAGAGGAAGAAGGUCGGAUCGUGGAGGUGGAAGAUUUAGGGAGUCGGCUAAUAGUGGACGGCAACUCGUACCCAAAGGAAAAAGAUGAGGAAUUUGGCGGUGUGGUAUCCGUGUCUUUUUUAAGGGCACGACCCCCUAUGGGGGGCUACCCAAGCGACACAAGCGAGUAGCUCAAAAAGUUAAGCCAACGGCUGUGGGCCGCGA